GCUCGGCACUGAGGAACUCUAUUAUAAAACUAAAUCUUCCAGCAACAUUAGCGUUACCAGUGGUAGAUAGUGGUAACUUACCACUAAGAACAAUCACACGAUUCAAGUUUUUUUGUGCGUUUUUCACAAACGUCUGGGAUUUCCAACCAAGAUGGGGAGUGCCUCUGCGCUACAAUUUCGAUAGUCAUCCCUGCUAUCCUGGCGGCAAUUGGCCGCUUCGAUCGCACAGCGAACAGGGGAAAUUCUAUCUUCCGAUGCGCAUGGAGGUUACGGUGUUUGCAACCCCCACUGACAAUCCCUCGGUUCAUUUCGGAAAAACUCUGCUUCGACGCAGGACACUAUGAAUCUCCGUCGAUUCGCAGCCUCCGCUUUUGUGGGCUUAUUGGGUCUUGCGUCCAUUGCCCCGCACAUGGAGGUACAGGCUCAGGAAUGUACAGCCAAGGAAAAUACAUUCGGCUUUCUCGUGGACGCUCUACCUGCGGACUUCGGUCUCAACACUUGCGUUGCUAAUAACGUCGGAACAAUCGCUUUGGCUGUUGCGAGCACUCUUUUCAGCAGUUGUGGCGCUUUGGAUAUCUACGAUAUCGUCAAGAAUGAAGACUUCAAGGGGUUAAUGAACUUGUUCAAAUCCAUUGCUGCCAAACCCGCUGACAUUUCUCCGCUCAUCUACAAGUACAUGGCCGCUCAAAACGACGACAGUGUGGACAAUUUGUGCGAUGCCUUUAGUGGAGCUCUUGGACCGUGCGGUGAAAAGGUUAUUCCGAAACUCCUUCCAGCGUUCCAAAAAGACGACGUGUGCUGCGCUGACAUCAGUGAUCUCAUUGAUUUACUCAACAUCGUCGUGCCUGCCGAUAAGAGCAUGGAGUUUUUCAUAGUUAACGAGCUCAUUGACGGCUUUAACAGGUUUUUAUGUUCCAAGAAAGGAGACGCGUCGUGCGGUCUCGACAUGUUUUCGCAGUUGACGAAGAUGUACACAGUGGAAAACUUCGAUUUCUUCCAGCACAUGGUGCUCCCGUUCAUGACUAUCGGAGGGGGAGAAGAGUGCUCGGGAUUGUCGGGCAACCCCUACAAGGACACGGCGUCACAGGCAUCGGGUACCACCAUCAACUUCGGAUGUUGCGUUCAUCAGAUGCGUCCGUUUAUCCAGACAAUUCAAGCUGCGGUUAAGUACAUCACCAACGAUGAAACCUGGGAUAUCCUAAGUGGCAUGGUGUCGUUCAAGGCUCCUAAGGGUGGCUUCGUUGACACGCUUACAGGAACCAAGACUUGCGAGUUCGACGGUGAUUCGUGUGAUGACCCCAAGGGUAUGGCUGAUGAUCUGGAAAUGACACGUAAACCUGGUGGGAAAAACCCGGGCAAGAACGACCUUAUUGAUACAGACUGCAAACUUGUGGACAAGUGCAGUGGAGACAAAUCCGUGUGUAGUCAAGUGUGCGACAGAGGCUCAGUUGCUGUCCCGGAAUGGCUCAAAUCGACUCUGGCUUACCAGCGCAACUUGGCGUUCAGUGGGCCGUUCUGUUACGCACAGAUCCCAGCUUCACACAACAGCGCUAUCACACUCGCUGAUGGCUUUGGAAACCGCGAUCAGCUCUUCAACAAGAACUUGAAUCCGGAUAAGUGGUGGUCGUACCUUAAGACCAAUAACCAGGUGCUGAGUAUGACCGACCAGCUCGAUAUUGGAAUUCGGUUCCUCGAGAUUGACACGCAUUUUUUCCUCAAUGAUCUCCGCACGGGCCACUGCGGUUCUCUGGGCUCAGAGGCUGUCGCGGGAUUCUUUGGCACGUUAGGCAAAACACUCGGUAACUACGGCACGUACAAUUGGGGCCCUGAACUAUUGGGUUGCUUCCCGUCGAUUUCAGGUAUUAAGUCAUCGGAGCAACCUUUGACAAAGGAUUCCUUGGACGAGAUCAAGGCGUGGCUGAACGCGAACCCCACAGAGUUUGUCGUCGUGUACUUGGAUACUGGUGCAGACAUCAAACGAUCGGACAAAUUCGGCGUCAUUGACACUCUGUUUACCGAUACCUUUGGAGAUUUGCUCGUCCCGCUGAAGGCACUUGAUGACUUGGCCAAGGGCAAGUGGGCUGGUGGCAGUAUCAACGAGUUUAUCAAUGCUGGACACCAGGUGCUGGCCCUUACAAACACUAAGACCAAAGCUGCUUACAGUCUGUACGACAUGUGCACUGCCGAGAAGGAUCUCACGGUCGAGUUCAUCGAUGACCUGCCCGACGCUAAACGGCUCAUUAACGGUAUUGCUAUCUACAGCAACACGAACUGGAUCCGGUCGUGGUCGGAGCAGAUUCGCUACAUUUCGCUUGCAGCGUCGGGAACCCUCACGAGGAAAUUCCCAGUGUUCUUGGACGCUAAGAGUAUCCCCAACUAUCUGCGGUGGAAUGUGAACCUUAUCGCACAGGAUAAUGCGGAUAUCGCCAAGAUGGCUGCAACGGUUUGGUCAUGGGCAGAAAAGGAACCAAGCACUACAGUGGAAGACGCAUAUGUGCUCAUGGACGUCAAUGGCCGUUGGGUAGCUAGCACAGACGCGAAGAAGAGCUCACGAGCGUGCUGGGACGGCGCGAAGCUAGCGUGGUCCAUCGUUGCAUUUGCCAAGGAUUGUCCUGCUGGAACAGCCUUUAAAGCCCCGACGGAUCCGUACCAGAAUUAUUUACUGCACGAAGCGCUCAAGGCCCAGAAGAUCGCAGACACGUCGCUCGUGAUCAACGCGACGUUGACGGCAGUAGGAGCACCUACUCCCGUGCCUUCUGUGGUGGCAGUCGUCACAGACGCUGCACCUGCUCAAACCGACACCGGUGGCUCUGCACCUGCUCAAACUGACACUGGCGGCUCUGCACCUGCUCAAACCGAGGCGAACAAGACGUCUAAUGCAUCACCGCUCUGCAGAACGGAAGGCGGGUGUGGUGGUAAAUAG